AAUUGCUGGCAAAGCAAGUGUGUCAUGUUUGACUUUGUGGACAAAGUGCUGACUCAUGCCCUUUGCCCUCUUCCAAGUAAUUCAAGACUAUUUAUGUUUACACUACAUAACAAACAAGUCUAACUAACUUAUUAACUAACGCGCUAAUGGACAAAACAAUUGAACUAAGAACUAACAAAUGAAUAACAAACAUUAAAUUAAUGAAGUCAUUAACUCACUCACAAUUAGUGACAAACUAAACGACUAACUCACUCGGUGACAUACUAAAUUAACUGAUGAACUAAGAAGCAAACUCACUAAUGCACAAACUGCUAAACUAACCUAAUAACUAAAAAAGCCUGCAGAGUUGAUAAGGUUUUUUUAACGACGAUCAUACUUUCUCUCUCUCGCGCACACACACACACACACACUGCUAAUCUGGCCUGUUUCCAUGUGCUUGCACAGUCGCCUUGCGUAAUAUAUUUGGAGGUUGCAUUUAAUAAGCGAGUCUGAAGCUUCCGUGGCGAUUACUCACGUGGGAAGCGCAGGAGCGGGAACGCACUCAUCGUCCUCAGGGCCGCUGCCGUUUAUUGUCUUAAUAGCUGUCAGUCAUUCAUGUGUGAACGUCGUACGUGUGUUUCAGUCAUGUGUGUCCAUGUGCGGACCCUCCCGCUGCUGUUGGUGGUGGUAGCAGGCGUCGACUGGACUCAUGCAGCUCAGGAUGAGUGCAAGGACUACCAGGUUCAGUUUGAACGCGUGUUCUCUGUGCCGGGCGACGCGGCGAUGAUCAACUGCACGCUGGCGUCUCCUGACGUCUUCAACCUGUCGGCGGCGUCUUACGAGGUCGACUGGUACCGCGCGGAGACGGGACGACGACUACGCAACGCCAGUCGUCGCGUCCUCAUACGAGGAGAGACCCUGUGGUUACUCAACGUCACCAUGCAGCACGACGGACAUUACCAAUGUGUACUCAGGACGAGCGCAGCACGCUGCUACAAGCAGUCCACCAGGUUGGUGGUGGAGCGUCCUGUGCGUGGCGAGUGCGGGCGUCCGCGCAAAGCCACUCAGCUCCUCACCGUAGGCGUGACGGACACGCUGUCCUGUCCAAUCAAAGAGGUCCUCAACAAGCUUCGCAGCUACGCCGUCCCCGCCUCUGUCACAUGGUACAGAGGCUGCGACGUGAUCGAGAACGGCUUUGACGGACACGCGUACCGCGACCGAGCCCGGCUGAAAAUCCAAGACGUGGACACCCGAAACAAUCACUCGUACACCUGCACCCUCAACUUCAAUCUGGGCGGAGUCGCAGCGUCCAUGUCGGAGACCAUCCAGGCCUGGGUGCAAGAGGAUUACUGCUUCCUUCCCCAAGUGCUGCAGCCAGCUGAUGAUAUCGUCAAAGCAGCCAGGGGAUCCCGUUUGAAGCAGACGUGUCGAGUGUUCGUGCCGUGCAUCGGCACCGUCCCCGAUGACCCCGUGGUCGACCUUUUUUGGUUGGACGACAUCAAUUUCAUUUCCACCAACAACUCCGAGAGGAUCUUCGCCUCAGAACCGCGCGUGUGGCGUGCGAGCGACUCUCCCAAAGGCAUGUGGUUGGAGAGCGUGCUGACCAUUUCCUCCCUGGAGGACACCGACUUCCUGGUCAACUACACGUGUCGAGUGUACAGCGCGCGGGGCUGGCCUCAGGCUCACUUUGCACUGCUGCCUCAAGAACCGGAUGUCCUGGUGGCCGUCGGGUGUGUGUUUGGCGGCAUGGUGGCGCUCGUGGUGUUUGCCUUGGUGGUGUACUUCCACUUCAAGAUUGACAUGGUGCUGUUCUUCCGGAGCUCCUUUCCAAUCUGCUAUGCAAAUGAGGAAAAAGAUGGUAAGCAGUUUGACGCUUACGUGACGUCCUACUACCCGCUCAGCUGCCAGCUGGACAUAAGCCACGAAGCGCUAACGUUUGCGCUUCACGUUCUGCCGCAAGUGUUGGAAAAAGCUUGCGGCUACAGACUCUUCAUAGCUGGGCGGGACAGCCUGCCAGGACAAGCCACGGUGGACUCCGUGCACGACAACAUGAUGGCCAGCCGCAGACUCCUCCUGCUCUACGGCGCCUCCUCCUUCGCCUGCACGCACCGCCACCACAACGACAAACAAACUAAUAACAACAACAAUAACAACACUAAUAACAACAAUGUGGGCGAGUAUGCGUGUUUGGAGCCACGACGUCAACACGAGUGUGCGGUGGCUAUGCAUCAAGCGCUCAUGGAAGGAACCCUCAAGGUGGUCCUGGUGGAGCUGGAGGAGGUGAGCGCGGCUCAGCUGGCUCUCUUCCCGGAGUCGCUGCGUCACCUACGGAGGAAACAGGGCGCCGUGUGUUGGUGGAAGAACCACAAGCGCCACAACCAGAACCGGCAGCAGAACCAGAAGAGCUGGACCACCUGCACCAAGAAGUCCUCCCCAUCCAGGACCAGCACACAGGAUCAAGCGGAAUUGUGUUCGUCACCGUGCCUGUCUCCUUCGUCCAGGUUCUGGAAGGAAAUCCGCUAUCACAUGCCAGUCAGGGGCAAGAGGGCAGCGCCCCACGAAAGGAUCUCUCUCCUCAAGGUGUAGCCACUCACAGCAAAACAGCUGACAAAGGCUCAUGAAAGACCACCAGAACAGGCUGAUGGAGGAUGGAUGGAUCACCAGUGGGAGGGGCCCCUCUGUUAGCUAGUUAGCUUCUUCGGCUCCGUGUAUGAGCAGGGAUUGAGGAUUGACUGCAACAGGACCACAAAGUGUUUGCAGAGCCAUAGUUCCCCUAGUGGCAUUUUAGUGUGGAAAUAAUGACUCGCUGUGAAGUGUACAGAAUAAAACUAUAGUGAAAAACA